UGGUUUUGGGUGUUGGCCUGAUUCAAGUGUGCCAUCGUUGGAAAAGCCAACCGCAUUCCCUGGCUUGCCGCAUGCAAUCAACAGGGUCGCUUCGCAAGGUGGAAAUACCCAAAAGAUGAAGUCAAGGAGGGACUACAGCAUUCUGCACCGUCGUCAUACAAGAACUGUCUCGUUUUGUUGGGGCUUACUGAGUUGAGCUUCAUCCUCCAACGUCUGCAGCUUUUAUGCUCAGCAUCAGGACACAACAUCUACAUGUGACGAUCUAAACUCCUGGCUUUGACGGGCCCUGGGAUGGUUUUUGACCAGGAACGGGCUUUAAAAUAAUAUCGAAGCCGUUACUGCAUUCACCAAGGCCGACUCCCUGUGGCUGACUAUCCUCGAAAUGGCGAACCAGAUUGCUCAUCAGCUUGAUGGGAACGCUGCAAGCGGACCUUCCAACAACCAACAAGACGCGAUCGAAGUAGACAUCGAGACAAACCGAGAAGACUCGGACUCAACAUUCGGCGACGGGUAUGCUUCUCCACGAAAUCAACGGUGGGGGCUUGAUAUAUCUGGAUUUAUGAUUGACGUUUACGACUUAGCCAGAGCGAAACAACUAGCCUUUCAUCCAGCAUUCUUGCUCAUACCUAUGAGAAUGGGCGGCGAUACCAUGCGUACAAGGAUGGUAAAUAUUUAUCGCCAAACGACGAGCAAGAGAGCGAUCGACUCGAUAUUCUCCAUCACAUCUACUUGAUGCAGUUGAAUGGUGAACUCCAUCUGGCUCCUCUGGGCGAGGAUUUUUCCGGGCGCGUCCUUGAGCUAGGGUCCGGGACGGGAAUCUGGGCAAUAGAUAUGGGUGAUAAAUAUCCUUCUGCAACUAUCCAAGCCAUAGAUCUGUCUCCAACACAAGCAGACUGGGUGCCACCGAAUGUCUUUUUUGAAAUAGAUGAUAUGGAGGAAACCUGGACGUUCUCACGACCGUUCGACUACAUCCAUGGGAAGUUCCUUGCCGGCUCGAUACGGGACUGGCCGAAAUUGAUGGCGCAGAGCUUCGAUAAUCUCAAGGAAGGCGGCUGGGUCGAAUUCCAGGACUAUGACUACGCCCCAAGGCUUCCGAACGGUCAAGUAGACGAGUCGGAGAACUGGGUGACGAAAUGGCAUAAAAUUAUGAUGGGAACCUGCGAAGGGAAAACAGGUGCUAGCGCGAGCCCAGGCCCUUUGCUGAAGAAGCUCGUCACAGAGGCAGGAUUCGAAGACGUCAAGGAAUUCGUCUACCAAAUUCCAGUCGGAACGUGGCCGAAGGACCCGAAACUCAAGGAGAUAGGCCGCUACUAUAAAGCGUCUCUGGAUGAUGGGCUUGAUGGUAUCAGUUUGCGCAUCUUGACACACUUUCUUGGAUACACGCUCGAGGAGGCGUCCGUUCUAAACGCUCAUUUUCGAACGGCAAUGAAGGAGAUUAAUUUUUAUCACCUUUUCUACGUCGUCUACGGACGAAAACCGCGAACAAAAUGAGCCAUAACGCAGGGCGAAUCGCUUACAUUUACAAAGUAAUUACCACAGUGUAAAACUAUGUCCGCAUAUUGAUGUUGAUGAUUUACACAAGAAUGAC